CUGUCACCCAAACUUUUUUUGAGAGAGUGCAAUCAUCCCGUGCUUAUCGAUUAGCAGCCUUACUCGUGCAGCCGGAGAGCUUUGACUAUUUUGGCCUUCAUCCCACGCUGCUCUCCCCGGACCGUCCCACUCGCUCACCAAACCACCAGCCGGUCCUUCUCACCUUCCACAUUUCGUCUCUCGCCCUCCCUCCUCGUUGCCAGCAACAUGUCGUCCGCUGAUGUGAAACCUCUGCCGUUCGUCUACCAGUUCGCGGCUGGUGCCGUGGCUGGUGUGUCAGAAAUCCUGAUCAUGUACCCGCUGGACGUCGUUAAGACCAGGAUACAAUUGCAGAGUGCAAAGGCAACCGGUGAGGAUGCCUACAGUGGCAUGUUGGACUGCUUCCGCAAAAUCGUGAAGAACGAAGGCGCAUCCAGAUUGUACCGUGGUAUCAGCGCGCCUAUUCUCAUGGAGGCUCCCAAGAGGGCUACCAAGUUUGCAGCCAACGACUCGUGGGGAGCUUUCUACCGCGACCUCUUCGGCCAGGCUAAGAUGAACCAGUCCUUGUCCAUCUUGACUGGCGCGACUGCUGGUGCCACCGAGGCUUUCGUUGUUGUCCCCUUCGAACUCGUCAAGAUUCGUCUCCAGGACAAGGCUCAGGCACACAAGUACAACGGCAUGAUGGACUGUGUCACAAAAAUCAUCAAGCAGGAAGGUCCGCUCACCCUGUACCAGGGUCUUGAGUCUACCAUGUGGCGCCACAUACUUUGGAACGCUGGUUACUUCGGAUGCAUCUUCCAGGUCCGCGCCCUCCUGCCGGCAGCCUCGGACAAGAAGGGCCAGAUCACCAACGACCUGAUAUCCGGUGCCGUAGGUGGAACUGUUGGUACCAUUCUCAACACCCCCAUGGAUGUAGUCAAGUCCCGCAUCCAGAACUCGCCCAAGGUUCCCGGCCAGGUCCCCAAGUACAACUGGGCCUUCCCUGCCCUCGGCACAGUCUUCCGCGAAGAGGGCUUCAGUGCGCUGUACAAGGGCUUCACACCCAAGGUCCUGAGAUUGGGUCCUGGAGGUGGUAUUCUGCUCGUCGUCUACACCGGUGUCAUGGACUUCUUCCGCAACAUGCGUGAGGGCAAAUAGGCAGCGGAGGCCGGGGGAGACGAAAAGUAAGCGGCACGUUGAACGAGCGUACGAACCCCAUUUUUCCUACAGCAUCUCGAAAGACCUGGCAGAUAGACCGUAC